AUGCAUUUCUCCAAGCCGUUGAUUCUGGCCUUUGCCGCCAGCGCUGCUGCUCAAGGCGACGUUAGCUCGGAUAUCAGCUCACUCGUAUCGGUCGCCACCUCCAUCGCCAGCGCAGUAACCUCUGCUGCUGGCUCGGGCGUCACUUCCGCGGCCUCAAUUGCGUCGUCCCUUGCGAGUGCUAUACCCUCAGGUGCCGAGUCGCUCGUCUCUGCCGCCCAAUCCGAGGCUUCUUCCAUCUCCUCGGACGCAUCCUCCAGAAUUGCCAGCCUCUCAUCCGUGGCAGCCACCGCCAGCCCCUCUGCUCAGAGCAGCAUCUCGAGCGAAAUCAACAGUGUCUUGGCCAGCGCAAGCUCUGCCCAAAGCAGCAUUGUGAACAGUGCGACUUCAGCAGCAUCCUCCUUUUUGACCUCGGCCUCCAGCACCGUUAGCGAUGUCGCAUCCUCUGCUUCAUCAGCUGCGACCAGUGGUGCCUCGUCGGUGGCGAGCAGUGCGUCCGCAUCUGCAUCUAGUGCUUCUGCUUCUGCGACCAGCGCAGCCGGCAACGGUGCCGCCGACGGUUAUACUGUGCCUGCCGUGGGAAUGAUGGGUAGUCUUUUCUUGGGAAUGGUUGCGCUCUUGUAA